GUCGAUUAUUCGGAAGUCGACUUACCUAUCCCUAGAGUAGAAUUAUUAAAAUUAUUUUAAAAAUAUCUAAAAUGGCUUCAUCAUCAAAUGUAAAUGGCAAUUUAAUGGAUGAAUUUGAAGAGGCUUUUCAAAAUUGCCUCCUUUCACUAACCAAGUUGGAGGCCAACACUGGCACAAACGAGGAAGAAGUUGAAUUGGAAGUGCAAAAAACUACGAAUCGUUUCAUCGAUGUUGCCAGGCAAAUGGAAGCAUUCUUUUUGCAAAAACGUUUCUUGGUGUCGACAUUAAAGCCGGAUCAGUUGAUCAAAGAUGAGAAUCAAUAUCUACGCAUUGAAAUACAACGCAAGGAAGCUUUGCUGAAUAAACACUAUAGUCGAUUGGAAGAAUGGAAGAGUUGCUUGUCAGAUAUCCAACAAAAUCCUGCCGCAUUAAAUCGUCCAGUAGGUCCAGGUGCUGGUGGCUUAGAUUCCAGUGCGGGGGGACUAGCUGGACCAACGGGGGCAUCAACAGCGGCGGCGGCAGCAGCCGUAAUGGGUAUGGGUGGACCACAACAACAACAGCAACGUAUGAUGCCCAAUAUGCCUGGUGGUACAAUGCCUGGCCAAAUGGGUCAAAUGACGCAGGGUGGAGCGCAACAACAUUUGCAAAAUCAAAAAAUGUUACAGGCCCAACAAAUGCAACAGCUGCGCAUGAUGGGGAAAUUGCCAAAAUAGUGUAAACUCUCUUUCAUAAUCUAAUUCUAAUUUAAAAUUAAAUAUAGUUAAGGGUCUAAUUAUUUUGAAAAGAAAAAACAUUGUUUUGGAAAAAUUUUGUUGUUGCAAAAUGUCCAUGGUUAUCACA